UUGAGCCUUGAGCCUUGCUAAUUUUCAAAAUCAAAUUAUGAAUAUUUUGAUGGAGAAAAGAUCUAGAAAGGGAUGAUGUUCCCUAGCUACUGUUCUAAGUUGAAAACUGUGCAAGGGCAGAUUCAAAGCUCUCAAGGUAGGCUAGAUUUUGGGUAGACUAAAUUAUACAUAAUAAUUUCCUUGUUGCAAUAUAAAAUUUCUCUUUUCAAAUCAUAUAAGGUAGGUGAAUGGUUUGUAGAAGGUACACGGUACAUAACAUGGCGGAAAGGAGAUGAAACUAAGGUGUUUUCUUGUCUUGCCAAUGUGGGUAUGUAAGAAAUCAGCAAAAUGGUGUGUUUCCUCAUGGGGGUACUUGUGGGAUUAGUAUAAUUGAGAGAAUUAAGGGUUUACAACUCCAAACACCCUAGUGGGUGAGCCUAAUAUUAGAGUUUCUGUGUUGUUCUUCAUGGUUAUUGUUGAAGAAUGAUGCAACUGAUGACCUCUUGGCAAGCUAUGGAUUAUUCAUCAGGGAAUUCAAUCUUUAGGGAUGUUAAUGGGUUUUACAGCACCUUGACUCAGGGUCUGGAAAAUCUGGAGCAGGCUAUAUCCUCACAUAGUUUCAUGUCAACAGAUUGGCUUCAACAGAUUGUUCAGUUGUUAAGGUCACUGCACACUGAAAUCAUCCAUCUGGUGCAGAAACUACAGCUUCCUGUUGGGGAUAAGUGGCUUGAUGAUUACAUGGAUGAGAGCUCAAAGCUGUGGGAUGUGUGUCAUGUGGUGAAAGGUGGGAUUACAGGCCUAGAGCAAUACCAAAAUGCAGUGGAGACAGUCACAGUGGCAUUGGUUGACAAUGACAGCCCAACAGUUGCGCAGUGCAGGCAGGCGAUGAGGAACAUCUCAGGGUGUUGGAGGGAGGCUAUCAGCCUAGAAGAAGAAAAUAAGGUAUUGAUUGAGACCAAGAUUGAAGCAGAGGGGGGUAAUAAGCUGUUUUUGCAAUUGGAUGACAAGGUCAUUGAGGCCAAUUUUGCAAAGUGGAAUGGAUUCAGUGGUUUCAGAGGAGUGAUGUAUGCAAUGAAGAACACGAGCUCAUUGCUGCUCAUGUUGCUUCUCUGGGGAUUGGUGUAUUGCUCCAGUGAAAGCUUGAGUGCCGUUGAGAAUUUCUCUUUAAGGUCUUCUUCCUUCUUUGCCGCCUCAUCUCGCCUUCAACAGAGAGUUAAUGCAGAGAUAAACAAGGUGAGAUCCUCAAUCAAGUCUUCCAUGUAUAGCAGGCCUUCAAUGUUCUUACAUGAGUUUGGAAAGGCACAGUCCUUGAUGGGGGAUCUGUGGACCCAAUUAGACCUUAGGUGCAGAAGUUCUUCCCACAGCAAUUCUCAUGAAGACCCUGAUACCCUGAUUGAGAAAGUUCAGCAGUUGAAGCACUAUUUUGGAUUGCUGAAAUCAGGGCUGGAGAAUAUUGAUAGCCAGCUAGAUGACUUCUUUGAUGAGAUUGUUGAUGGCAGGAAGAAGCUGCUGGACAUUUGCAGUAGGAAGUAAUCUAAUUUGCAUUUGUAUAGAAGGGGAGAAGCCCUAGAUACAUCUGUAGGACUGUUUAGGGUCAGCAAUUACUGUAAACAUUUCAAAGUUAAAAGCAUAGUUGUCCUGAUUACUUUAUUAGUGGGAUUCAUUGUGGCAAGUUUUGAGUGAAGACAAUUGUUUUGGGGAAUUGUUCAGUUAUACUGUGGUUGGUUAUUGAUAAGAGACAUAGCCUCGACCAUGUUUCAGAACAAGAUGUUGAAGGAACCUCGUUCGGUGGUUGGGUAUAUUCCUCUAGAAGAUUAGGGUUGCACAAUGACUGUAGGAAUUUAACUAGAAACUUCCAUAUGGCAAAUCAGCCAUGGAACCCACUAGAGAAAGACCACUUCUUUUCUUUCUUUUUUUGUUUCCUCUUCUCCAAGUAGGCAGAUCAUAGGGGUUAUAAUGCAUUAGGCUUCAAAGGAUAUACUGAUUAAUUGAGCAGAAUGAUUUGUGAGUUGUAAACUGUCAAUGAUAUAAUAUAAUGUAGAGAUAUUUUGAUAUCUCUUUAACGAGUCAUAAGAUUGGUACAUAGAGUCAAAAUGGCAGGAUGGUAAUGGAUGAGAUAUUCUUAUAUCUUCUUUACACAAGUCUGAGAUUUCUGUAUUUGGUGGAUGAUAAUGGAGCAAUGUAUAACAUGGAACAAAUACCAUUUAGAUGGCAUCUCUUCUUCCUAGCUUCUUCUUAUCCUGCAAUAUUUAUGUCAGGCGUUGUAAACUGUGUUAUUUUGAGUAAUUGAUGUUAACAAAGGAGCCAUGAACAUUGUGGA